GUUUCUUUAUAACUAUCACAACCCGUGAUGCAACAGCUUUGCAUUUUUUGCAUUAAAAAUAUUUUCAAUUUGGGCUUACGGAAAGUUUAUUUGCUGGAGCACUGAAACUCGGAGAACGCAUCAAACGCUUACUUACCAACAAGAAAAUACACAUACACUGUUCCAAAUCCAAAUGGGGGAAUCAGAAAAUCGGAGCUCAUAACGCCUCUAAAAACAAUAACGGAGUUCAUCUUUGAGAGCUGUAGAAUCAAGACCUCGUGAGAAAUCGUCUGGCAUGCACACUCGCAUUGUAUUGAUCGGGUGAUUAUCGAAUUGAAAUAUUUCACAAGUAACAUCGCUGUUGAUACGUCACAUACAAUGCAAAGCAAUCGAUGGACAGGAUUUCUUCUGGUUGCAAUCACCGUUAUUGUUGGUUGCAUGGGGAAAAAACACAACAAGGUCACCAACUCGGAACUGAAGCAGUUGACGGAAGAACUUUUUGGAUAUGAAGAUCAGAUCUUUCGAUCUCGCGUUCAGACCAAUUUUCAGGGCCAGUUGACGGGGAGGAGAUUCAGAGACGUUGCGCCCCAACCGUUUUUAGCCGUGGAUGACGAGAUUUUUGAAAAUCCAGUUGUAAAACGCCUUCGGAAGUUGUUCGACAAUUACGAAAUGGAUACGAAUCAAAAGGAGAACGUAACCCUUGAGGAAAAAGAGGAAGAAGAAAGACUUCUGGACGCUUUACUCGAGACUAACUCGAUUAAUCGUGUGAUCAAUUUCUGUUCCGACCAUGGCCUUGUUGGGAAAGGCAAUCGCACACACAGAGAAAUACUUAGGCAUGUUUGGUUCCAACAGUACCCAAGGCAUCAAAAUAUCGAUGUAGCUACAAGCUCAGCGUUCGAGCAUAUUUUUCUCGGAGAAUUGAAACGUGGUAGAAAAUUAACUGGUCUACACAAUUGGAUAUCUUUCAACAAUGCCGAGAGGUCUGGUGACAUUGAUUACUGGGGAUACAGAUUGAAGAAUUCAUUAGGAAAUACCACCAUUCCCGCCGUCGUAAAUGUGGCGUACCGUUACGUUGGACAUGUGUCGUCGACGAUAUUUUUCAUCGGAACUUCGCCCGAGUUGGAAAUGUCCUUGAUUACACUUUGCUAUUUUGCAAGACCUAACAAAUAUUGCCAUAUAUCGAUGAACGGAACCGAUUUCGGGAUCAAAACUUACGUUAUGAACCAUCGCGGUCGUCACGCUCAUUUAGCUACAGCAUUUCCGCAAUAUUAAUCUUAUCCUCAAAGGGUCACGUUUCAUCUUAAAAACAGAUUCAAAACCCGCCCGGUGAAAUCCAGUCUUUCGAAUAUCGCAUCAUUUUAAACACUAAAUGACAGUGCAAGGAUGAUGUUGAUAUCUAAUUAUGUGUUUUCAAAUGAAAAAAAGUGAUCCAAUUAUUUACCGUACAUGUUUAACUUUAACAAUUUAUACUCAGAACGAGUUUUAUGAAAUAAUAAAGGCAUUGAUGUUUUAUCGAUAA